AUGAGGUACGAUGGAACCCAAGACCCGCAGGAGCACCUCACGGCUUUCGAAACCAGAAUGAACUUGGAGGGAGUGGGAGACGAGGUAAGGUGCCGUGCUUUCUCGGUCACCCUAGCGGGACCUGCAAUAUGGUGGUUCAAUAACCUCCCGCAGGGCUCGGUGACCAGGUUUUUGGACAUCAGCCGCGCCUUCCUAGCCCAAUUCACAACCAGAAUCGCAAAGGCAAAGCACUCAAUCAAUCUACUUGGAGUGACCCAGAGAUCCGGCGAGCCGACCAGGAAAUACCUAGACCGAUUCAACGAUGAGUGCUUGGAGAUCGACGGGAUGACGGAUUCGGUUGCGAGCUUGUGCUUGACGAACGGACUUCUAAACGAGGACUUCAGGAAGCACCUCACCACGAAGCCGGUGUGGACAAUGCAGGAGAUCUAA